AUGAGAAGAACAGCGGGUGAUGAUGCAACUUCAGCAGACCCAUUGUUAGAUCUCAAUACCAAUCCUCGCACUCCGGAGGAACUUCUAGAAUGCGAGCCGGUGCCAUUUAGAGUUUUUGCUAGGCUAACGGUGUGGGAGUCUAAGAAUCUGUGGAAGCUCUCAUGGGCUUCCAUUGUGAUCACCAUGUUCAACUUCAUGCUCAGUUUAGUCACUCAGAUGUUCAUGGGGCAUCUCGGUGCUCUUGAUCUCGCUGGCGCGUCGAUCUCCAAUAUUGGUAUCCAAGGCCUCGCUUAUGGCAUUAUGCUAGGAAUGGCUAGCGCACUGCAAACAGUCUGCGGCCAAGCCUACGGCGCCAAGAAAUACUCCGAAAUGGGCAUCUUUUGCCAGAGAGCUCUCAUCCUACAGUUCAUCUCAGCCCUCACCCUCUCUGCGCUGUACUGGUACUCCGGGCCCUUUCUUCAGCUCAUCGGCCAAUCCGAAUCUGUAUCCUCAAAAGCGCAGAUUUACGCACGUGGCCUGAUCCCUCAGCUCGUGGCUUUCUCUCUCUACUGUCCACUUCAGAGAUUUCUACAGGCUCAGAACAUUGUGGUUCCUAUGGCCUUCAUGAGCCUAGGAGUGUUUUUGCUCCAUUUGGUCUUAUGUUGGAUGGCUGUGUUUGUUCUCAACUGCGGAUUGCUCGGCGCUGCUCUAACGCUUAGUUUUUCUUGGUGGGUUCUUGUGGUGGUGACGACGGUUUACAUUUUGUUGAGUCCCGAGUGUGAGGAGUCUUGGGCUGGGUUUUCUGCCAAGGCAUUUAGAGGUCUCUGGCCUUACUUCAAGCUCACAGUGGCUUCAGCUGUUAUGUUGGUUUUGGAGAUUUGGUACAACAAUGGGCUUGUGCUGUUAUCAGGCUUCCUUCCAAACCCAGAGAUUUCACUUGAUGCUAUCUCAAUCUGUGUCAACUAUUUCACUCUGGAGUUCCAGAUAAUGCUCGGUAUAAGCAAUGCCGCAAGCAUCAGGGUUGGCAACGAGCUUGGCGCUGGUCGCCCUCGGGUUGCUAGGUUCUCAGUCACCGUAGUCGUGACGACUUGUGUCCUUAUCAGCCUGAUCGUUAGCGGUCUCGUGUUCACGCUACGUGUUCCGUUGAGUGAGCUCUAUACUCAUAACCAGUAUGUCGUCAGCGAAGUCUCAAAUCUCACGCCUUUGCUUGCGAUUUCGAUCUUUCUCAACGGAAUCCAACCGAUUCUCUCAGGAGUAGCCAUUGGAAGUGGAUGGCAAGCUCUUGUGGCCUACGUUAACGUCGGCGCUUAUUACGUUGUUGGACUUCCUAUUGGAUGUCUUCUUGGCUUCAGAACAACAUAA